UCUCCAGCCUCUUCAUUUGUCUGCUCUCUUCAACCACCGCAGAAGUAUCUGAGCGAAACAGCAGAAGACGGGAGCUCUCAGAGAUAAUUCGUAUCUGCAUGCAAUGGAGGAAAUAUAUUUGAAACCUGAUAACCCAACAUCUUCAACAAAUCACAGGGGUCAAAGGAGCUCUAAGAGGAGUUUCUGUUUAGUUAGUAUUCUCUCUCUUUGCCUGUUGGGUGCUUUCCUGCUGGCUAGACUGAUCACUUUUGGUAUUUACUAUCAUAACUGCUUACAUGAUUCAGCUGAUCAUCUGCCAGAAAUAAAGAAACAACUUUCUUCAAUGACUGAGGAGAGAGACCUGCUGACUGAAAAGACCAAAGAGCUGAAAACGCUGCUAUGUUUGUCCAAUCAGUACAAAACAUGUCCUGUAGGAUGGAGCAAGUUCAAUCAUAGAUGCUAUCUCCAAUCGGAAAGGUCUGAUUCGUGGGAUGCAGCCAGAAAGAACUGUACAGACGAAGAAGCCGAUCUGAUAGUCAUUGACAGCCCUGAAGAAGAGACUUUCCUCUCUACAAUCAUCAAUGAACAAACUUGGAUUGGUUUGAAUGACAAAGAACAGGAGGGAACAUGGAAAUGGGUAGAUGGUACUCCACCGACUCUGAUGUACUGGGCAUCGAGUCAACCUGAUGAUGGUGGAGAUGAGGACUGUGCUUAUGUCAGGAAUCACGGCAAAAAUUCUUGGAUGGAUUUUCGAUGUUCAGCUUCUUUUCAUUGGAUCUGUGAAAAAACACUAAACUGCAAAAAUACAUGUUCUGGAGGAUGGAGCAAAUUCAACUGUAGCUGCUAUAUCCGGUCUCAAAGCUCUGGUUCCUGGGAUGCAGCCAGAAAGGACUGCAGAGACAGAGGAGCAGACCUGGUGGUUGUUGACAGCCCUGAAAAACAGACCUUUCUCUCUACGAUCACCACAAAAAGAGUUUGGCUUGGUUUGACUGACGAAGAACAGGAGGGAACAUGGAAAUGGGUGGAUGGAACUCCACUGACUCUGUCGUACUGGGGAUCGACUCAACCUGAUAAUGGUGGAGAAGAGGACUGUGCUCAUGUCUACAGUGGUGAGGACAUGAGCAUGAAUGACCGUUCAUGCUCAACUUCUCUUAAAUGGAUCUGUGAAAAAGCACCAGACUACUGUAUCAUUUCUUGAAGAUUUUUUACUUGUUACUUCAGUGGAGACUUUUAGAGAGAAAUGAUCAAACACCAGCAUAGCUGAAUAUGUGUUUCAAUUUGGGGUUUCUCUUUGGUUUUUAUUGCAGUGUUUUAAAGUUUAGAUUUUUGUGUUUGUUAACAAAGUAUACUAACUUUGUGUUAGUCAAAUGUUACAUGAAAAUGGACAAUGAGACAAAACCUUUUGAGCAUGCAAUUUAUUGAAAACAAAGCUUAUACUGAAACAGGCUUUUUUACAGCUGAUCUAAAGUUUAGGACCACACCUCCAAAAAAAAAUCUGUAAACACCACAAAACAGAAAUCAAAGUUCCAAACAUGAACUCAGUAAUGAGUAGCUCCACCGUUAUUGUUGAUCAAUUCAAAAAUUCAUUGUGGAAUGCUUGAUACAAGCUUUUCCACGAGGUGAGUGGGAACACUUGAUGGUUGCACAAAGGGCAUCCUUCCCCAAAGGUUCUCAACUGGAUUUAGAUCAGGGAAACACACAGGAUGGUUCAAAACAGUGAUGUUAUUCUCCAGGAAAAAGUCCCUUGUCCUGCAGGCAUUGUGUACUGUAGCAUUGUCCUGUUGAAAAACCCAGUCGUUACCACAAAGAUGAGGGCCCUCAGUCAUGAGGGAUGCUCUCUGCAACAUCUGGACAUAGCCAGAGGCCACUGAAGGAAAAAGCAUCCCCCGCCACUGUGGCGCGUAGAAAACAUCUCAGGUGGGAUCUGCUUGUCAUGCCAGUAACGUUGGAAAUCAUCAGGACCAUCAAGGUUAAAUUUUUUAUCAGAGAAUACAACUUUCUUCCACCUUUCAAUAUCCCAUGUUUGGUGCUCUCUUGCAAAGUCCAAAUGGUCAGUUCUGUGGCAUUCAAGGAGAUGAGGCCUUUAGCGACAUUUUUUGUUUUUGAAGUCCUUCAGUCUCAGAUGCUGUCUGAUGGUUAUGGGGCUGCAGUCGGUAGUGAUGGCGCGCUUGAAGCUGAAGCUCCGGUGCGUGUGUCAAAAAAAAUCAACACACUGCUUCAGAAGCACUGUGUCGAAGCUUGAUUCGUUUGGCCAGAGUCACGUGAUCAGUGACGUCCGAAGCUUCAUUUAGAACCUAACUGCUUCGGUAUCUGAGUCAAUGGUUUAUAAGCAAAUGAAUCAUUCGCGGGAUUUGUGGAGCGUUUUGAUGGUGACAGAUAGCAAACCACUGAUAAUUCCACUGAAAGAUUUGGACCCAGCGAGGAAUAGAGGAGGUUCUGUUGUGUGGGAGAAUUUUGAGUUGAUUUUUGUCAAUCGGGUGGGUUUUCCAGCUUUGUGUUCUGGCCGUUUGCUUUUGUUUUGUGCACGUUUAUUUUAUCUGAAAA